UUCUUACCCAGCGGCGGCGGCGGCGGCGGCUGUUUCAUAAAUCGAGUGCUUCCAAUCUCGCGCGAUGGCAUCGACGUCCGUGCUGCAGCACUUUGAGACAUAUCAAAAGGCGCGGGUCAGCUUUGUGCAGGCGGUGGCCGAGGCCGCGACGCGGCCACAGAACAUUGAAGUCAUGCAAAACGCCGGCGUGAUGCAGUUGCUUCGCCCACUCCUCUUGGACAACGUGCCAAGUAUUCAGCAGUCGGCGGCGCUGGCGCUCGGGCGACUCGCCAACUACAGCGACGACCUUGCAGAGGCCAUCGUGGGGAAUGAGAUCCUGCCUCAACUUGUGUACUCGUUGUCGGAGCAGAAUCGCUUUUACAAGAAAGCGGCGGCAUUUGUCCUCCGCGCUGUCGCUAAGCACUCCCCCGAGCUCGCGCAGGCCGUGGUUGAUUCUGGGGCGCUCGAGGCAUUGGUGCCAUGCCUAGAAGAGUUCGAUCCUACCGUGAAGGAAGCUGCUGCAUGGGCCAUCGGGUACAUCGCGCAGCACACGAGUGAGCUGGCCCAGAGCGUCGUCGACGCCGGUGCUGUCCCUCUUCUCGUGUUGUGCAUUCAAGAGCCGGAGAUCACUCUGAAACGUGUGGCGGCCUCAGCGCUCAGCGAUAUUGCAAAGCACUCGCCAGAGCUCGCGCAGGCCGUGCUUGAUCCAGGGGCCGUCGCAUACUUGGCGCCGCUCGUGCAGCACCCGGAUGCGAAGCUCAAACGCCAAGUGUGCAGCUGCCUCGCUCAAAUCGCCAAGCACUCGGUGGACUUGGCUGAAGUCGUCGUGGAAGCCGAGAUUUUCCCCAACAUCCUGCACAACCUGAACGACAUCGACCAUACCGUUCGCAAGAACGCCGCGACAUGCAUCCGAGAGAUUGCCAAGCACACGCCGGAGCUCGCCAAGUUGAUCGUGAAUGCCGGUGGGGCGUCAACGCUGGUGGACUACGUCGCGGAAGCCAGCGGCAACAACAAACUCCCCGGCAUCAUGGCAAUCGGGUACAUUUCGGCGUUCUCCGAGACUUUGGCGCUGGCAAUCAUCACGACAAAGGGGAUCGCCCCAGUCAAGAAUGCGCUCGUGUCCGAGCCAGAAGAUCACAUCAAGGCCGCGAGUGCAUGGACGCUGGGCCAGAUCGGGCGCCACACACCGGACCACGCCCGUGCGAUCGCUGAAGCCGAUGUCCUGCGCCAUCUUCUCGCUUGCAUGACCCACCCCAACAGCUCGGACGACUUGAAGACCAAAGCGAAGCGUGCGCUCAAGAGUAUUCUGGCCAAGUGCACGCAUCUCCAGGCACUGCAGCCGCUCCUCCGCGAUGCUCCCAUGAAGGUGCAAAAGUACAUUUUGAAGCAGUUUGCCCAGAUGCUGCCACACGAUCUCGAAGCUCGUCGGUCGUUCGUGCAAAACGGAGGCCUCCAGUUCUUGCAAGAACUCAGUGAAGCGGCGGGCGGAAAGCUCACCGAGUACAUCUUGGAGAUCAACAACUGCUACCCCCCCGAGAUCGUCGAGUAUUAUUCGCCCAACUACUCCAAGACACUGCUGGACAAGCUGGACGAAUUCCAGCCCCAAGUGCGCUAACUGCACGGUCCCGCUCUUGGACAGAUCGCACGCGAUCCUCGUCAGCAAAUAUAUUGCAUGUCAAAAUAAAUGGCAUUUCAAGAGGUGGCUCUUCCUCGCGGCACCUGGAACCACA